CUCAGUCAAACAUUAAGACAAACCAUAGUAGUCAGAGCACAGGCACCAACCGACACUCCUCGAACUCAUAGAAACUCAUUUCAAACUAAUGUUUUCCAUCGGACGCUCUUCUUUCUCUCUCCCGAAUCAAAGCUAAUUAUCCGCUGUUAGAUCAGAUCCAUCUUCCUUCGUGAACACACCCUUCUCCUCACCACUCCUUUUUCUACUUCCACUUUCUGAUUUAAGCUCCAACAGGCUUUUUCUCUCUCUGGUUUUUCUUCUGGUCUUAAAGUGGAAAUUUUUAAACUGCGAAAUUCCAAAUUUGCCCUUGAUCAAUGGUCGAGGCACAGACAUGGGCAACACGGAGAAUGAGCAACCCGAGAUUAACCGAUUCGACGGUGGAUUAUCAACUCUUGGAUAUGCCGGCAACUCCACCAGGUGAUGUACGGAACAGCAACGUUGGAUCGUUUUCGUUCAUAUCUCCGACUGUUUUAACGGCUCUGAUUAUCGCAUCAUGGUAUUUUUCAAACAUCAGUGUGCUGCUUCUCAACAAGUACUUACUCAGCUUCUACGGUUUCCGUUACCCAAUCUUUCUUACGACGAUUCAUAUGAUGGCUUGUGCUAUUUAUAGUUAUGUGGCAAUCAACAUUGUUGAGCUGGUGCCCCUGCAGCAUAUUUUAUCUAGAAAACAGUUUCUGAAAAUCUUUGCAUUGAGUGCCAUUUUUUGUUUCUCUGUUGUGUGCGGCAAUACUUCGCUUAGGUACAUUCCUGUUUCGUUUAAUCAAGCAAUUGGUGCAACGACGCCGUUUUUCACUGCAAUUUUUGCAUUUUUGAUUACUUGCAAGAAGGAAACCGCGGAGGUUUAUUGCGCUUUGAUGCCUGUUGUGUUUGGUAUUGUUCUGGCUAGUAACAGUGAACCCCUGUUCCAUUUAUUCGGGUUUUUGGUUUGUGUUGGAUCCACAGCUGGGCGGGCCUUGAAAUCUGUGGUUCAAGGGAUUUUGUUAACAUCAGAGGCCGAGAAGUUGCAUUCAAUGAAUUUGUUACUUUAUAUGGCACCCAUGGCUGUUAUGAUCCUACUUCCAUUUACUCUCUAUAUAGAAGGGAAUGUGGCUUCCAUUACAUUGGAGAAAGCUAGAAGAGAUCCUUAUAUUGUUUUCUUGUUGAUUGGCAAUGCUACGGUGGCUUAUCUGGUGAAUUUGACUAAUUUCUUGGUGACGAAGCAUACAAGUGCAUUAACUUUGCAGGUACUCGGCAAUGCCAAGGGGGCUGUUGCGGCCGUUGUUUCAGUCUUGAUUUUUAGAAAUCCUGUGACAGUAAUGGGGAUUACUGGAUUUGCUGUAACAAUCAUGGGUGUGGUGCUUUACAGUGAGGCAAAGAAGAGAUCUACAGCCACAACUCAUUGAUGCUAAGUAGAUAAUGCUUUAUAAAUCCUUUUUGCUUUAUUCCGUUCUUUAAAGCUUUGUUCUUUCUAUUUUCAUUAAUGCGAGGGAAGAAGAAGGUUGGCUUAAAAAAAUGGGAUUUGAUUGUAUAGAAUAAAUUCUCUCUUUUACUUUC